UAUUUUUAUUUUUUUGUCCAUUGACAUCGUUCUCUCUUCUUUCUAAGAAAUUUAUUGUCUUCCUAAAAUUCAAGUUUUCAUCUUCAGAAAAACCCGUUCAAUAUAUCUCAAACGAUUUUUCUACAAACCCAAGAUGCCAUCAAACAAAACAACGGUUCUGCCAGUUACGUUAGUGUGGCGGUGGCAUCCCUACACAAUCACGCCAUCCCGCUCCAUGGAUUCAUACCAUCUGCGGUGAACAAAAGUCCACAUCUGCCGCUCCUUCACCUUUCACCUCUGUUUACAUCGAGUUUGAGACCGUCGCGAGAUUCACACGGCGUCGUCAUGUUCGGAAUCAAUCAUCGCCGUAGUUUACGUUUGCUUUCUUGUUCCUCACUUAAUAAACUGCGAGGUUGGUUUCUAACAUGUGAUUCUUUUUGCCUUUUUUGUCCAAGCAAAGGUCGUGAUGGAACUAGCUCGAGGUGGAUCUGGAAACGUUCCAAAACGUUUUGGCUUGGAUAUGUCUAAAGAUUUCAUCCCCAUGUCUGUUUUCUCUGAGUCUUCUUCUUCACAAGGGACAAUGUCAGUAGAAGGGAAGAUUAAAGACAAAUUCCACAUGAAUACCCGUACCGAAAACAUGGAGAGCUAUGGAAAGCUUUGCCGUGAAAGGGCAAGCAAGUAUAUGUGCAAAAAUAAACAGAUCCAGGUCAUUGAUAAUGCCACUGGAAUGCAUAUGUGGCCAACACCGGGAACUAUUACCCCCACAUGCUUUCUUGAAAAGAAGAAGAAGGUGACAAACAAGACAUGGGAAAUGAAGAGAACAAGAAGGGACCGGAGAGAGAUGGAGGAAAUCAUGUUUAAUCUAUUUGAAGGACAGUCGAACUGGACUCUCAGGCAACUCAUUCAGGAAACUGACCAACCAGAGCAAUUCUUGAAAGACUUGGUUAGAGAUCUUUGUAUUUACAACAACAAAGGAAGCAACCAAGGAACUUAUGAGCUGAAGCCUGAGUUCAAGAAAGCCGCCAUACACGAAUAGGAACUCUUUAUCUCCCUCUCUUCGGCUUUUUUUAAAGCUUAUAUUCAAUUCUACCUCUACUGAUUAGUAUGAUAUUAUUCAUUUUGGAUCCAAGUAGUAAAGUCUGCAUAGAUUUGUUUUUGAGAUUCUUCCAAAAAAAUCUCAUGUUAAUCAGAAUUGUACAUUUUUUUUAUUUGUCUAGACGUUCCGAUGUGUGAUUUUAAUUAAUAUCUAACCC